AUGCGACCUUCUCGCCGCAGCGACUUCGACAUCGCAAUCAUCUGCACUCUGUCGCUUGAGUACGAUGCGGUUUCAUACAUCUUUGACGAGUUCUGGGACGAAGAUGGCGAUCAGUAUGGACGAGCGGCGGGCGAUACCAAUCACUAUACCACUGGCCGUAUGGGCAACUACAGCGUCGUCCUAGCCCUUUUGCCACAGAUGGGCAAGGCCGGCGCAGCCAGCGCGGCAGCAAGCAUGCGGUCGAGCUAUACCGGCGUGCGGCUUGCUCUCCUUACAGGCGUGUGUGGGAGUGUGCCCCAUGUUGGUCAACAUGAAGAGAUCUUCCUGGGCGAUGUGAUCAUCAGCAAGACUGUCUUCCAGUAUGAUUUUGGCUGGCAGUUAUCAGAUGGCCUCGUCACCACGUUCGAGACCGAUCGGGGCCUCGAUCGGCUCGAAAAACGAACUGAGAAUUUCCUCAAGCAACUUCAAGGCAACGCUGCCCAAAGAAGGCGCCAGGCCAAGUAUGAUUACCCAGGAACGGCGGAAGACAAACUAUUUGAGCCGACACACCGACACAAGCAUCAUAAAUCGCCGUCCUGUAUUUGCCGCCAUUGUGUCAAAGACUCAGACCCUGUCUGCGAUAAGGGGCUUAGCUCACCAUGUAUAGAUCUUGGAUGCGACGAUGAACGUCACCUUACAAGGAAACGGCUCCAAGACUCCAGUGGUGAUACUCCGCAGCCUGCGGUGCAUGUGGGAGCUGUCGCAUCGGGAGAUAAAGUGAUGAAGUCGGCGGCAGAACGAGACAAGCUUUCAAGAGAAGCGGGCGUCAUUGCGUUCGAGACGGAGGGCGCUGGGAUCUGGGAUGAGGUGCCUUGCAUCGUAGUGAAAGGAGUGUGCGACUAUGCGGACAGCCAUAAGCAUCCGCGAUGGCAGAAUUAUGCGGCAGCGGCGGCGGCGGCGGCUUCGAGGGCGAUUCUAGAAAGCUAUAUUCGGACCGACGCGUCCUGA